AUGUGCCGUCGCUGUCAGGACAAGGAGCUACAGUGCAACUACGCCGAGUCCUCGCAGCCCACCUGGGUCCAGCGGAUAGAGGAAAUUGAAAAGGCCAAUAACGAGUCUCCCCCUAUACCCACUUCAGUCCACGGGGUUUCGCCGGGAAACCCAGUCUCGAUUGCUGCAUCGCAGCCGGUUGACCAACACCCUCACGAUUCGCGCAAUCCGCCUUCACGCGAAUCCAUCGCGGUGAAAAGCGUUCAACCAUCAUUGUCGUCCCUCGAAUGGCUGACCGCUCGACAUCUGCCCACUUCAUGGAAAAUAGGCCUUUUGGUAGAGGAAUAUUUUAACAAUAUCCACCCUCUACGCUGUUUUGCUUUUAUUCAUAAACCAUCCUUCCUUCGGCGCUUAGACGGGGAGCUCUCCAUCAACUAUCAGACCCACGCCUUGUUGCACAUCAUCUGUGCCCUGGGUGCUCAGUUCUAUGCACUUGCCUACAGUGAAACGGUGGCACAUCUCCCGUCAAAGUUCGUCCUGCUUGCAGGCGGCGAAUGGGCUAGGAUCUCACAGCGACUGAUCCUGGAGGCUAUAGACACGGUCACUAUCGAGAACCUAAUGGCUGCGGUUCUGGUUCAUGACUAUGCAAUCCGGAUGGGCAACUUUGCCAACGCAUUCAUGCUGAGUGGGCUCAUCACUCGCAUGACGCAAGCCCUUCAAAUCAACCUGGAAUAUAAUACAGACCUGCUUUGUCAGGAUGCUGAAACCGGUCUAUCGGUUACAGACAAAGAGUCUCGUCGACGAUUGAUGUGGAGUUGCUACGUGAUGGACGCUCUCGUGGGGAGUGGGGUUGACCAGCUUACGCUGGUGGAAGAACGAGAUAUGAAAAUCCAGCUGCCCUGCAACGAACGAAAUUUUCUCCAGCAACGGCCAUGUCUUACGGAAACAUUAGAGCCUGGAAAUUGGUUGAAAUUCAUUCCUGGGGAAUUGGACACGGACACCAUUCUGCCUAACAUGGGCAUUAUGGCCUAUUUUAUUCGGCACAUAUCCAUUCGCAAAAGAGUUUUGAGGUACAUCAAACACCUCGGCGACGCCAAGGUUCCGUGGGACCCGGACUCGGAAUUCGCGAUGCUAGAUGCGGAUUGCCGCGCAUGGUACGAGUCUCUUCCAGCCAGUCUACGAUUUAUGCCAGAUGCAAUCUAUAUUAGAAAAGACUCCUCUCAGCUGGGGGCUCUCUGCGUUCUACAUUGUGCCCAUUACCAAACAAUGUGCGAUCUGUAUCGCCUAGGAGCUCCCGCCCUUUACAAACUUCGGGCUGCUUUUGAUUUCCCACCAGAGCAACGGGAAUUCCUCCGUCAUUUGCAGCAAGUUCUUUUUGACGCAGCAAGGACGCUGGCGUCAAUCAUUGGCGAGACCAUGCGUCACGACUCCCGGAUGCUGGCGGAUUCGUGGCUGCCAACUAUUGCUUACGACAGUUGUCGGAUCAUGGUCUACCACUUGACUCAAAUCCUGGAUCCUCGAAUCGAGAGUACCAGAGUAAUGAUGAGAGAAACAGUCCCAUUACUGCAAAGCAACAUAACAGCUCUGAAAGUGAUGGGAAACGUGAGCGGUAUCGCGGACUCGCUGUGUUCAGCAGCAGAAAUGAUGCUCAACAGAUCCAGGAUUGAAUCCGAAGCGAUCACACAGAAUAUCGUUCCCGAUGACCCAUACCCGGCCCAAGAGGGAGAUGAACCAAGCGAAAGCCUCCCCGGCACUCCAGUUCAAAGUGCUCCAGACUACGUGCUCAAUCCGUUAUCAAUAUUUCGGAUGGCACGCAAGUCUAUCCCGGAGCGACAUGCGCCUGAAAAGGCAGCCACUUCAUCCGCACCCAACAGUGCGCUCCCGGAGUCUAAUGCUGAUCCGGAUCAUCCACUCGAAGGUUCCAUCGCAGGCGGAUGUCGGCGAAGCAUCUCGAAUGAGCCUGAAUUUGGUCAAGCAAGUCUUGAAGAGCUCCAGACUCUCUUCAUGUCGGAUCUGGGAUGGGCAUGGCAGCCUGCUGAAACUGCAGUUGGAUCGGGCAUCGAGGCAGCUGGUCUGCUUCCGUGGGCGGGAGGAUAUCAGGUCACCCAGGGGGAGCCAUGGCUACCGGUAUUCCCAUUUGCACAGCAGGACUAA